CUGACAGGGAGUGACAGUGAGCAGAACCUGAGACCUGGACACAAAAUGCCUAUCCUUUCUAACUUAACAGCUGUUGUUUUAUUGUUGAUUGCUCCUUGCGGAUCAUGGGCCGGAGCAAACCGCUGGGGCCCCUUCAAGGUCUGUCCCUCCUGCAAGGAUCCUACGGGGGCAGGUCGGCCCCCAAGGGACCCUGAUGUGGCUGGCAGCACGACAGUUUUGGCCCAUGGGGAGCCGUGUGGUGUGUACACCCUGAGCUGUGCCAAGGGGCUCCGCUGUGUCCCCCCACCCAGGGAACACAGCCCCCUGCAGGCUCUGUUGCAGGGAAGAGGCAUUUGCGCCAAGCACAUCAGGACUAAUCCCACCGAGAAGCCCUACCCCACAGGUCCACAUCCCCCACACUUGGGUGAGAUUGAAAAAGCACCCUGCCGCAAACUGCUCAACAGUGUUCUGAGGGGUCUUGAGCUGACCGUCUUUCAGUCUGACCGUGACAUCUACAUACCCAACUGUGACACCCGUGGCUUCUACAGGAAAAAGCAGUGCCGCUCCUCCAAGGGCAUGCAACGUGGCCACUGUUGGUGCGUGGACGAGCUCGGUGCUCCCGUGCCUUCGCGUGCCAGAGAGGAUGGCACUUUACCGUGUGACGGGGAGUGAGGGACGAGUCUGUCCCACAGCUCUGAGCCUGGAGGAGGAGGAGGAAGAGAAGCUGGAGCACAGGGAGAGGAGGGUGGCUUUAGCAUGUGCUAUACACUGCCUGGACAGGAGGUAGCAGGGAUAAACCACUUCCUAUAAGGGAAACAACACACACGCUAAUGUCCUCUCUCGCAGCAAGACACACACUCUUCUUAAAGUCAGCAACAAAAACAUCUGCCUGAAUGUUCAACAGCUGCAGCCGCGUCCUCUGCGUCGUUUCUGUGACACAUCAAUGCUCCGUGAACUGCCUCAGCAACCCAAGCAGUGUUACUCUGAAUGAUCUCUGCGUUCCCUGGCUCUUGUCCCGGCUUUUCUGCUUGAUUUUAUUUUCUUUCUUCUUUUCAAUUUAGAAUAGCUGACACUGCCUGUGUUCAUUCUGAUCUCAGUGGGCUGAAAUACUGUUACACAGGUGAUGCGUUGGAGAAACGCAUCCCUCACCGUCCUUUCUCCGCCUCUCCAAAGAUACACUGAUAUCGUCAUGACUAACUGAUUGAAAGCGUUUAUAUUCACUACUAAUUUAUUUUUGAGUAGGUAUUUCCAUUAAGUACGGCUUGAAUCCUGUAAUAUCAUCAAAUUUAAAAAAUUUGGCACAGAAAGUAAUAAACAUUUAUGUUUUGUUGGUCAUUGCAUUGUUGCAACAAUACUUCUCCGUUCCUUUUCUUCUUCUUCUUGCUUCUGAUACAGUUGGAAAGCCUGAUUGGUCACCUUCACUGCCAGGUUGAAGUUGUAAGGAUUACGUAUUUGUUGAUGGAGCAGCACAGAUUAACAUGUGGGUAGCUCCAAAAUAUGUGCCAAAUUUAAUUUAACAUGUUUCAGUUGGUAUUCACUCUUGUUCGGUUUCUUGGUUGAUUAGAUGAUUAAACUUUUCCUCGGUAACUAAGAGAAAAAACAAACACAUAUUGGCCCUUUUUGAUUUUUGAUUUUCCAUUUUCACGGUCAGGAGCCUCAGCUCUUUGAGAAAGCCGAGGUGUACGCAGCACAACAGCUGGGCUCCUCCUUAUGCUGGUCACCAGUCUCGUCACACGCUGUUUUAGGUUAACCAGCAUAGUGGUCACUCAGAACAGUGGUUUUCAAUCCUGGUGCGGGAGAACCGGUAUCCAGCAUGUUUUUGUUGUUCCUCUGCUCCAACUCAUUACAUUCAGCGAUUUAUCACCCGUGCAGCAGCUUGUUAAGCUCUGCAGAAGCCCGUUUAUCACCUGCUGAUGAAAAUCAGGUGUGUUGGAGCAGGGAAACAACAAAGACAUGCCGGUUACCGGCCUUCCAGGAACAGGACUGACCCCUUCAUAAGCUGUUUGAGAGCUGUCAAUAGGUUAUUUACCAAACACCCAGCCCUGGACCACACCUGCCAGCACGAAGCUCAGAACCAGAAGGAAUACCACUGGGAGAACGUUGCUUUGGAUUUUGACAGCUUAUGGGGGAGCUUUUGUCACACCUUUAGAAGUUUACACCUUUUAUGUCUACUCAAUUCUUACAGUUUGUACCUUAUAGUAGAAGAGACUGGUCGGGUUUUCCAACUGUGUAAGAUUUAAGACCACGAAGCUUCAACGCAAAAUUUAAACAGAAAUCAGUCAACCGAAAUGUCCUUACCUUUUGGUCUCAAGCUAAUAUAAGAAUAAAUGUCAAGAGACAGUAAGUCAUAACUCUGGAUACCUCUGUAGAUUUUGUUAGUCAUAACUAUAAUUUCAUUACUUCAUUUUUUGUACAUAUUUUGAAAUUUUGUGCUCAACUGUUUGUUUGGAAGCGGCAGACACAAAGCUCACAGCUUUCCCCCUUUUCAGAAACAAGUUGUAAGACAUAUUUUUAUACACUUCAGUAUAUUUUAUAUAUGAAUCGUUGAUUUAUUUAAUGAACUACAGUACAAUGCCAUGUAUUUUUAUAUUGUCAGCAGUUUUUUUAUUUAAAGACAGAGAUUAUUUUAUGUCAUGACAGAAAGAGGUGUUGAUGGCAACGCUCGCCACAUUCAUCAGUUCAACCACUGUACAUGUAAAGCUCAGUCCUGUUCAUGAUACAAGCUUUGUUUGUGUUUAUUUUGGGGGGUGAGUUGAGAAUGUUCAAGUUACGCCUGGAUUUUACUUUGAUAUAUCGAGUCAACUUGGAUUUCAGAACAGGAAACGGAUCGGAUUUGUUAUUUGUUGAUGUCUCUCCUAUGUCCUUGCGGAAGUCUUGAAUUUGUGUGCAACUAAAUAGAAUUAAUCUAUUUCUGACCAAUCUUGUUGUGCCAGUGUGUGUGUGCCGUGGUGAUAGGUCUGUGCACAAAGGACCUGUAAGACGUUUGCAAAUACAAAAUAAACUAUAAUAUAGUAAUAAAAACUGAGAAGAAUAAAACAUAUAUUAAUAUAAUAUAUUUUGUUGAGUGGGUUUCAUUUGAGUCAGAAGAUGAGUGCUGAGUCAUGAUGAUGCCAUUAAAAAGACAUUUGAACAGAACCUGGAAGCUGAAGCCAGAACUAGCAAGC